CACAAUAUUGUACACCCACCCACACCUCCACCUAUAUGUAUUCCACCUUUCUAACUUUAAACCUGUUAUUCUUCGUAACCAAUCAAUAUAAACCCUAAAUCUGUUACUCUUCAUAACUAUCUUAAACCUUGAAUGUAUUUUCUUCAUUACCAUCAUAAACCCUCCUGAACCAGAAACCUUGAACCAGAAAGCUCUUAGCAAUGGAGGAUGAUGCUAACAAUUCUGAUGAAGUUGGCGUUCCAUUGAUAAGUUUAUCUGUUUUGCAUUAACAUUCUCAGUCGUUUUUAAUUGUUAUUGUUUUGUUCGAACUGUUUGGUACUGGUUUGCCAACUGUUAAGAUUAUGUUUGGUAACACAGUACUAAACACAAACAUCUAAUCAAGAGAUGGGUUCCAAACUAUAAUGUAGAUAGUCGGUACUGUUGAAUUGAACAUGACCUUUAUUUUUGGCAUUGGGGUGCCGAACGGUUCGAUUUUUGUAUCUUCAACAUCAGAUUAUAUUUUUCGUGAGGGUUUUUCCUCCUAAAACCCCCUUUUAUGUCAAAAUAAACCAAAAAUAAAAAUGUGAUAGGAAGAAGAGAGGCAAUGUUGUUGAUAAGAUGGAGAAUUGGUAUUUACCUGAGAGGAAUUUUUGAUGAGUUUUCUGCAAUGGUGGACAAGAAUUUCUUACGAGUUUUUUGACCGUAUUCUUUGGACACCAUUGAGGCAAUUCUUCCUUUCAUUGAGAGUUGAUAGGAAUUUCAAUGAUGGACCGUCGAUACAAUGCUCUUCACUGAGGUAAUAGUGUUUACUGAUACAAUGACCGUUGGUAUUCUUUUCAACCGGAGAUGGUCGGUCAUCAAAAGGAGGAGAGAGGGUAUUCAAAAUUAGGCAGCGGAAGAGGAGGAGGACUCAAUUGGCACCACCAGUGUUGAAGUUUCUAUGGCUACAUCUAUACUUGUAAUUGUACUUUCAAUGGGUAUAUUUUCCAUGGCUGUAUCUGCUGCACUACAGGUUUCAAGAGCACUCUAUAACUACUUCACUCGUACUGUGAAUAGGACCGUGCUGCUCGAGGAGGAGACCAAUGCAAUUAAGAUAUUGAGUUACAAUGUUAUGUUCAAGAAUCACAUGCUAAACAAGAGGAUGGAGGCUUUGGGUGAAAUAAUUCUAUGUCAUUUGCCAGAUGUCAUUUGCUUUCAGGAAGUUUCACUGGAAAUUUACUCCAUUUUUGAGCAAUCCGAGUGGUGGAAUAAAUAUAGUUGUUCAGUUUUGCAUGAAACAGUAAAAUCGGAACCAUUUUUCUGCAUUCAGUUGAGCAAAUUACCAGUGAAUUCCAUCGGCUUCAUACCCUUCACAAAUUUUGGACCCCGGAAAAAAAUUUCUAUGCUUGAGAUUGAAGUUUGUCGGGGCAAACCAUUGGUCGUUGCCACUAGCCAUUUGAAGAGUCCUAUUCCUGGUGAUGAUCAGAUGUUCAGCAAGAAACGCACAGCACAGGCAAAGGCGGCCCUUAACCUCCUUAAAAAUUAUCCGAACGUGAUUUUUGGCGGCGACAUGAACUGGGAUGAGGACUUGGAUGGAAGGUUUCCUCUAUUAGAUGGAUGGGUUGAUGCUUGGAUAGAGCUAAGGCCGCGUGAAAGUGGAUGGACAUAUGAUACUAAGUCUAAUCCAAUGUCUAGGUCUCCUAUUAAUAAUCCCUUGCAAAAACGGCUCGAUAGGUUUAUAUGCAAUUUGCAGGACUUCGAAUUGAAGAAAAUUGACAUGAUUGGAACAGUGCCAAGUGACCACUAUGGCCUACUCUUAGAAGUUCAAAGCAAAUACUAAUGGUUUGCCUAGUAGAAAAUCCCAGUAAUUAAGUGUAGCUAGCCAAGGCAACUUACUGGUGUGUUUAUAUAUGUAGUCUAUUAGUGUUUGAUCUUGUUAUAUGUGCACUUCCUGUUUUGGUGAUAUUUGGUACAUGUAUUAAUUGUUGGAACAAUUUUUUGUGUAUAAUAAAUAAAUUGAAACAAAUUAGACAAAAAUAAAUAAAUUACUUACA